AUGGGCGGGCCGACGCACACGCGUCGACCCGAAACCUUGAAGAUUAAUGUCUCAAGGUACAAGGGAAUCGAUAAAGGUUCCCUUUUGAGAUGGUUCGUCGAGCUAGACGAUGCCAUCAGGGCCCGUCAGAUCAAAGGUGACGAGAUGCAAGUCACCUUCGUCCUGUCCAAUUUGACAGGACGAGCAAAGACUUGGGCCUUAGGGCUCAAGCUUCACAACCCAAACGUGUUUGAGUCGUUAGAAAUCUUGAAGUCUCGGCUCAAAGAGACGUUUGAGCCGCCGAGAGCCGAGUUCAAAGCAUGCUCUGCACUCCUGAUGCUCAAGCAAGGUAAGCGUGAUGUGCAUGCUUACGCACAGCACCUGCGCUACCUUGCGAGUAGCGUCACGGAAAACCCUGUUGAUGAGCACACGCUCAUCAACGUGUUCAUCUACGGCCUUGUGGAUGAGCCGGUGGAGACCUACAUGUUCCGAGAGGACUUUCAUACGCUGGAACAGGCGAUAGCGUAUGCGGAACAAGAAGACUUCAGCCUGAGACAGUCUUAG